UUUCUCUCCCAAAAAAAUCACCUCUGGUUUAAUUCUAUUGGGUUCGACCUUUCCAUACCUCUCUGCAGAUUAGGAACUUUCGAUCAUCUGUACUUCAGUUUUGUUUGUUAGAUCUCAAGAUUUUCUUUGGGCGGCCUGGUAAUAAUGGGUUCAAAGCCAUGGCUGUACCCGGCGCCAUCUUAUCGGCCACUUGAGACAUAUUGGGACACCGACGAUGACGCUCCUGGGCCUCGAUGCAGUCACACCCUCACUGCCGUUGCUGCCACUAAAUCCUUCGGCCCCCGUCUCAUUCUCUUUGGUGGCGCCACUGCCAUCGAGGGUGGAGCCUCCUCUGCUGCUCCUGGAAUUAGAUUGGCGGGUGUGACCAAUUCGGUGCACUCCUAUGACGUUCUAACUAGGAAAUGGACCAGAAUCAGACCCACUGGUGAGCCGCCAUCACCAAGGGCUGCACAUGCUGCAGCCGCAGUUGGUACCAUGGUUGUUUUCCAGGGUGGCAUUGGUCCGGCUGGGCAUUCCACAGAUGAUAUCUAUGUGCUUGAUUUAACAAAUGAUAAAUUCAAGUGGCACAGGGUGAUGGUACAAGGACAGGGACCUGGACCUCGCUAUGGCCAUGUAAUGGACUUGGUUGCUCAAAGAUAUCUGGUUACUGUGAGUGGCAAUGACGGAAAAAGAGUUCUCUCUGAUGCUUGGGCUCUAGAUACUGCCCAGAAACCAUAUGCCUGGCAGAGGUUGAACCCGGAAGGUGAUAGGCCAUCUGCUCGGAUGUAUGCAACAGCUAGUGCGCGAUCAGAUGGUAUGUUUCUGCUUUGUGGGGGAAGAGACUCUUCAGGCACACCGUUGGCAGAUGCAUAUGGGUUGUUGAUGCAUAGAAAUGGCCAGUGGGAGUGGACCCUUGCACCUGGGGUAUCUCCGUCGCCUAGAUAUCAACAUGCUGCAGUUUUUGUUGGUGCACGACUGCAUGUUACAGGAGGUACUCUUAGGGGUGGACGUGCAAUAGAAGGAGAAGCAAAUAUUGCAGUAUUGGACACUGCUGCUGGAGUUUGGUUGGAUAGAAAUGGGCUGGUAACUUCAUCACGUGCGAACAAAAGUCACCCUGAUUAUGAUUCCUCUUUGGAGCUUAUGCGUCGCUGUCGGCAUGCAGCUGCAUCUGUUGNUCCCUCCCCAGCUGGAGACAUAACUUGUCAUAAGAAAUGUUGUUUUGCAGAUACGCUGCUAGAUGAUUUUUUGGUUGCAGAAAAUUCAUCUUUUCAGUCUGAAAUCAAUUCUCCUGUGUUAACAUCAGAGAGAGAAUCUCUUAUAACAAGUCCGAAAGUCAAUCAAUCUAAUAUAAGUUCAUCUGCGACAUUACCAUAUUCAGAUGGUGGACUGGAGAAUCCUUCAGCCGGUGGCAUGAGCAUGGAUAAAAGUUCCUUGGAGAAAUUGAGGGAGGCUUCUGCUGCUGAAGCCGAGGCUGCUAGUGCUGUCUGGCAUGCGGUUCAGUCUGCUUCUGCUGAAGACACACCUGUUUCAGAUGACAACUCACGAGCUACCGAUACAACUUCAGAUGCUAGUGACUAUGAAGCUGAUGUCCGGUUGCAUCCAAGAGCAGUUGUAGUAGCUAAAGAGGCUAUAGGUAAUCUUGGUGGGAUGGUGAGACAAUUGUCUUUGGAUCAAUUUGAAAACGAGAGUAGAAGAAUGAUUCCAUCAAACAACGACUUGUCAUAUCCUACCAGGAAGUUCACCAGGCAGAAAUCUCCUCAGGGCUUACACAAGAAGGUCAUUUCAAUUUUACUUAGACCUCGGAAUUGGAAAGCCCCUGCUAAUAGGAGGUUUUUCCUAGAUUCCUAUGAAGUGGGUGAGCUUUGUUAUGCUGCUGAACAGAUCUUUAUGCAUGAGCCGACAGUUCUACAGCUUAAAGCUCCAGUUAAAGUAUUUGGCGAUCUUCAUGGACAGUUUGGUGAUUUGAUGAGGCUUUUUGAUGAGUAUGGAUUUCCCUCCCCAGCUGGAGACAUAACGUACAUUGAUUACUUGUUUUUGGGAGAUUAUGUUGACCGAGGACAGCACAGCUUGGAGACUAUAACUUUACUUCUUGCUCUCAAGAUUGAAUACCCUGAUAAUGUUCACUUAAUACGUGGAAACCAUGAGGCUGCGGAUAUAAAUGCACUAUUUGGUUUUCGUCUUGAAUGCAUAGAGAGAAUGGGAGAGAGUGAUGGAAUUUGGGCGUGGACGCGCUUCAAUCAACUCUUCAACUACCUUCCACUUGCUGCGUUGAUCGAAAAGAAAAUUAUUUGCAUGCACGGAGGCAUAGGGCGAUCAAUACACACGGUUGAGCAAAUAGAGAAGCUUGAACGACCCAUUACAAUGGAUGCAGGAUCUAUUAUUUUGAUGGAUCUCCUCUGGUCUGAUCCAACGGAAAAUGAUAGUGUUGAAGGUCUAAGACCAAAUGCUAGGGGGCCCGGUCUUGUCACCUUUGGGUUGCAGCUCAUAAUAAGAGCCCACGAGUGUGUCAUGGACGGAUUUGAACGGUUUGCUCAGGGACAAUUAAUCACUCUAUUCUCUGCCACUAACUAUUGUGGAACUGCAAACAAUGCUGGCGCCAUAUUGGUUAUUGGGAGGGGAUUGGUCGUGGUCCCAAAGUUGAUCCAUCCCUUGCCUCCGCCUCUCCAGUCGCCAGAAACAUCUCCAGAACGCAUCAUUGAAGACACUUGGAUGCAGGAACUUAACAUUCAGAGACCUCCAACUCCAACCCGUGGCCGCCCACAGCCUGAUCUAGAUCGUAGCUCUCUUGCUUAUAUAUGAAUUUACCUUAUUGCCUUGGUUAUGGGGUUAAGAUUCGGUGUGAUUCCCCAGUACCCUCAGCGAGCAACAUCUUUCUGCAUUUCAACACAACAAAAUGAUUGCGCCAUAGCUUUUUAGUUCAUGGAAGACUGAUGUGGCACAAACCAUAAGACAGUGGUUCAUUUUCUCGACAUUUGGGUCACGUUUUAUAAAAUUGUAAUAUAUGUGGUGUUUAGUCUAUGGGUGCAACUUAGGUUGUAAGGCUCUGCUUCCAAACAUAGAUUUUGCAGGGAGUGUUGGUGUUGUAAAAUAAACUGUGUAUUUAAUUUUUCACCUCACAAUGUGUUCGAAUUAUAUUCCUGCACGUCCAUUAUAUAAUACAUUGAUGAUGCAUUUUUUUUUUC